AUGUCGUCUCGGAGCGUGUCUCCUGGGGGCGCGCUCCUGCGCUCCUCGCGAAUGUUCUCUCUGCCUAAACCGAUCCCGGCAAUCAAGAACGAGCAUGCAGCGGGCAGUCUUUUCCAUUCGACGACGUCGACGCUGCCGGCCCCGACGCACCAGGUCGUCACCACCCUAAGCGCCCCGCGGAGGCAGGGAGACUGGGGCCUCAAACGGCCACUCCCGCUCAAGUCGACGACUAAGACAACGAACCCCAUGCUGCGGGUCAGGGCCAUUGACUCAAGCGAACAUAUCACCGAUUAUGUCUCAGCAGCCGACCAUGGCAUCACUCUCCGGAAAUUUCAAGAGCUAGGGCUGCCCAUGACGGUGCGGCGUGCGUGUGGCAGAGAGGCCAGAGAAACCAGUACCACGGGCCCCAUCCUCACAAAAGCCUCCGACCUUCCCCAAAGGUCUGUCUUUGAGGACCAGUACGACACCACCGAUAUUCCCGCCGACAAGCGCGCCGAGACCGUGGACAACCGUUGGCGGUUUGAAGGGCCUUGGUUGGCUGGCAUGGCUCAGGGUUCCUUUAUUAAGUGGCUGGCGAAGGAGGUCCGGCCAAAGCGGGCAGAGUUCCGGCAGUUUUUGAAGAAAAAGCUGGCCCACGAGCAACAUGCGGCUGCUGCGAAGUACGCGAUAGACAAGGCAUUGCCGGCGCCAGAGCCCAUUGAUGCCAGCGCAAUAACGGAGGACCAGCUUGUCGACUACCUGCGCGAACUCCGUAACAACAACCAGGCGCUUUACGAGAUGGUCGGCCAGUUUCUCGAUCUGGCCCCGCUAAACCCACCAACUUUGGUCGAAACGGGCAUGAGCGGCAACAAAAUCAUGACAUUAAAGUACACCGAGGCGAAGAGUCCUUACGCUGACACGGGCCCGCCCAUCACCCACCCCUCCGCCGGUCUCUCGUACCUCCGCACCAGCAUGUACAUGGCCAACCACCCCGUCUAUGGGCCGCAAAAGGAGCACAUCGCGGCACCGGCCAGAGUUGUGCGGCCACGCCGGCAAGGCCGUGGUAUGAGGAUCAGUAUUGGUGUGGCCGGGUUCAUCGCCAACACCUCCAUUGGUGACAUGGGCAACGCGCGAGGCACCUCGCCCGGCAUGUACGACACAAUCGAUCCCGAACUGCCCGGUGGUGUCAAGCUUUGGGUAUGCCCCACCCGGGCUACCAUGGACGCCUCCGGCACCAUUGCUAUCACGGUGAAGGACUCGUCGCCCGAGGCGGCCACUGUGGCGCGUGAGCUUUUGGGCGAAGCCGACUGCCUCAGCGCUCGCGAAGCUCAGGCUACAAGGAAACCUGAAUCGUCGAAGGAGAUUCGGCAGAGAUACCGCGCGGCACCCGGUCCCCAGGCGAUGUCGAGCGCCCGGGAUUACGGGUUGCAGGAGUAA